GCCCCUGCCAUCCCACUGGAGGUGCUCGUCAUGCGACAAGCUGGCGGGUGCACCAAGCCAGCGGUGCUCGUCCUUCUGUGCGCCCGCUGCUCAGCCACCGUCACUUCCCCAUGCUCGGACCUGCUCGUCCACACUGACGCCCCCCUCAGCCCAGGGACCCCCGUGGCACUGACCCCUGAGCUGCCUGCACCCACUGGAGAGAGGCAGCUGCUGGACUGGGCUCAGCAUGCGUACGGGGGCAUCACAUCCUACAGUGAGCUGCGGGAUCCCCGCAGGGUCCAGCUGCACCUGGGAGAAGAUGCCCACAGCCCUCCAGAAUGCAUCCCCCAGGAGCGCUUUGAUGCCACACCACACCUAAAGACUGAGGUCUUCUUCCAUGGGAUGAAGGGCUGCUCGCAUGGGGACGCCCAGAGCACCAGGGUCGCCCACAUCAUCCGCCUGCAGCCCGAGCCCAGCUCCUCAGUCACGAAGGUGAACCUGUCUUUGAACUGUACGGAGAGAGCCAUGAGCAACCAGCUCCUCAUCCUGCAGAGCCGGGCCAACCUCAACUGGUCCUUCUCCGUCAACAACUGCCACAUCCAGUUCCUGGUCUCUGGGAACUACGAGAUCGCGCCCAUCUCCUCGUGGCUGCCCCCCAGCGAGUUCCUGCCUGACACGGAGCAGGGCCUCAUUGCCAAAGCCUUUGAGAAGAACUACAGUGUCAUCGCCUCCUACUCCGUCAUCCCUGCCAGCGCCCACAUCAGCCUGGAGCUCCGGGAGCACGAAGCAGUCAGGAAGGCACCUGUGACACCCAUUCCCCCAGCCCCCACUGCCGACUUGGUGCCCCACAGUCUCCUGCUCAUGCUCCAGCCCUGGAAGUGCACAGAUGACACUAUGGAGAUCAUCAUCGCCAGGUCCCACCUGGAGCCGAUCAAGGACGUGGUGAACAUCACCCUACGGGACAUCAGCUGCCAGGCAGAGAAAAACGCCACUCACUUCAUGCUGAAAACCCCCCUGAGCCACUGCGGCACCUCGCUGGAGGGCAGGGGCCACGCCAACAACGAGCUCAUCCUCAACCUGGCCAGGGGCACAGUGUUCCGGAGCGUACGGGUGGCCUUCCAGUGCAAUAUCCCGCGGGAGCUCUUCCUGCGCCUCUUCCCCACUGCUGCCUUUGAGGUGCCGCAGACGGAGCUGGUGGUCAACAAGGAGGCCUUUGUGCAGGCGUCCAUGCGGUGGGAGGACCACCCGGCCGACCUCGGGCGCGUCCCCUUCUCGGCCACCCUCAAGUGCACGGCCGGCUUGCAGAACACCACCAUCUUUGAGAAGGUGCUGGAGGUGACAGUGAAAGACAACUGGCAGCCA